CGGAAGUGGUAUUUGGGUGGAAUCAACGAUAUCAGCGAUGACGGAGGAUGUAGUAAGGACAGCGGAGAACAGACUUAUGACGUCAUCAUCGUCCAGAGUGUGAUACAAUGCCUUGCCUUAUUUCAGCCAAUAAGUAAAACAUAUGUUAACUUUAACAAAACAAGCAUGGAAUGCACAAUUCGUGCUACGGUGUCUACAGAGGAGGUAUAUAUACGAGAGGGACCCUCACUCGAAAUGCACCCAAGUAACUGCAAUGAAACUUGGGAAGUUCUGUACGAGGUGAACGCAGACGGCAGUGUCCUGUACGGCUCCAAAUCGGACGUGCUUAAUGCUGCACUAAAGGGUGACGACUUAAGAAUACAACUGGUACCUGAUUUUUAUAUAGAGGUCGACGAUAUAAUAAUCAUAAACGGCGUCGUUUGCACAUCAUCUGUAUUCGGUCUAUCAAAGAGCAGCUGGGACACUUUUGAGCCUGAUAUGUACUGGGAAUUCAUCAAAGUGUGUGAGCAUGGCGUGGUGGAAUAUGGCAGAAUUUAUCUUGGUAAAUCAGAAACGCCAUCCACCUCAUCACAUAAAGGCAUGCGUUCUAUUUGGUUUAACAGACGAUUGCGGCAAAGCGAAUCUCAGAUGAAUCCUUUGUAUUGCAAUUUGGCCGACGGAUCUUCUAAUUGCGGUGACCUGUACAACUUAACUGAUGCCGCGAAAGAAGGAAUGGGCAUCAAAAUAGUGGAAAACCCUGGUAGUACAACACAAAUUGUUUAUUCAGCCAAUCGCGUUGAAGUGUUUAAUGGUAACUGUGGAAUUGCGAUUCAAACUGUUUGGAGAGUUGCGUCGUUUAAAGGAACUACGGAUUACACCAAGUGGUAUACAACACCUUUCCGUUGGAUCGUGACGCUGAAAUCCACUUCUGGCUCCAAAGAAACUUCUUUUCCAGACAUUGGUUCUGGUACAGCUGGGCCUCAAAUUUUUUCAGACACAUCAGGCAAUAAUUGGUUUGUUGACUACUGUUGGACUCACAGUUUUACUCAUGAUGUCAACGGUGGUACAACUCUUGGUUCUAAACAAGAACUGAUUAACAUGAUACGACUUGGUAGGAGAGUGAGAAUCGUAUUUGACGGUUAUGCAAUGGAAGCUGACAACAUUGUGAUUCAGGACGGGCUAGUCACUGUCCAGCUACUUAGUCAGGUUGUAUCAAAGACACAAACUCAACAGAACGUCGGAAAUGUCAUAAUCAAAUUUGUCAGAAUAUCUACGAAGGGAGAUAUGUUAACGGAUAUGUAUUAUCUCGGCACCUCGUUGAGGGUGGAAUCUAAAGAAUCCAAUAUGGCUACUUCGUGGUUUAUUGACACUAGAACAUGGAGUCUGGUUCUCGGUACAGAUUCAAGUGGAACUGCUAUUCACGGAUCCAAACUUGACUUGACAGAAGCUGUUCGUUCUGGAUCGCGAUUGCGCUGUAUCGUUAAACAGUCGCCUACAGAGAGCCUCAUUAUAACCGCAGACAAUAUCCAAGUGAACACCGACGGAAACAUUGCUGCUCAAUUUUUUCGGUUGGUGAAAUUCGACGACAAUGACAACAGCUUUAUUCCGUUUUGGAGAAUAUUGAUUCUUACAACCAACGGCGAGAUGAAGGAAACACGCUGGACGAUCGGGAAGCAUGAACACAGAGGUAGCCAUGUAGAUUAUGUCGCGAUAGACUGGUUUGUUGAUCAAGUUCCUUAA